AUGGCAAUCGCGAGUGGACAAGCCUUAUUGCAUAAUAGCGUGGAGGUUGUUACAGCAUUCUGCAAACGCGCAUCCAUUGCACAUCAAGCUACCAACUGCCUAACGGAGAUCUUAUUCGAGGAGGCGCUUGCUAGAGCAUACGAAUGCGAUACCUACCUCAAAACGCACGGCCGUCCAAUCGGACCUCUUCACGGUCUGCCAAUCAGUCUGAAAGACAGCUUCAAUGUCUCCUUCAUUGCCAAUGCGCCAGCGAGUAGCAACUCCGUGGUAGUGCAGAUAUUAUUUGACGCUGGCGCAGUAUUCUACGUCAAGACAAACAUCCCGCAAACCAUGAUGACAGCAGACAGCCACAACAACGUCGUUGGGCGCACACUGAAUCCACACAAGCUCACACUGACUGCGGGAGGCAGUACUGGAGGUGAAGCGGCCCUGAUUGCCAUGAAGGGUAGCGUGCUGGGCCUUGCGACGGAUAUAGCAGGAAGCAACAGAAUUCCUGCGCUUUGCUGUGGGAUUACGAGUAUCAAGCCAAGCGCGAGCCGUGUACCUUUCUCAGGUGGAGUAACACCUGGCAGACUGGGAAGUCCAGGUCAAAUCCUGCCUGUGAUCGGACCCUGCGGGCGAACAAUUCGGGACUACGAGCUCUUCCUUCGAACGGUCAUUUCCUCGCAACCAUGGCGCCUGGAUCCCAUGGUCCUCAACAUUCCCUGGCGAGCCCCAGAUUUCAGUCUCAAAGACAAGAAGUUGCGAUUCGGACUGAUCCACAGCACUCUGUCCCGCCCUCUUCACCCACCAAUCGCACGUGCACUGCACUCCGCCGCUACCAGCUUGAAAGCCGCAGGUCAUCCGAUCGUCCUAUUCGAUAACAAGAUCGGCGAUAUGUACGCCGACGUCGAACUCGCCUGGAAAUACUCCAUGCUCGACCCCUGGUCCACACCACUCAAGCACGUGCACGCGUCAGGCGAACCACGCAUUCCCUCGCUAUCCAUCUCCGGCUGGCCCGAACUCAAAACCUGGAAACCGAGUUUAGAAGCACUAUGGGGCAUGAACGUCCAGCGGGCGGGUGUGUUGAAGAAAUAUCAGUCUCUGAUGGUCGACGAGGAUCUGGAUGCGCUGUUGAUGCCCGGGUAUCAGGCUGUUGCGCCUAAGCAUGAUACCUAUGGCUUACCGAUCUAUACGACGCUGGCCAAUUGGCUGGAUUAUCCUGCGGGGAUACUGACGCAUGGAUGGGCGGAGAGGAAGGCUGAUAAACAGUUUUUGAGGGAGGGCGUGGUGUAUGAUCCGCCUUAUGAUCCCGAGGCAGCGGAAGGGAUGCCAGCGCAUGUGCAGAUUGUAGGGAAGCCAUUUAUGGAUAAGGAGUUGUUGGGAAUUAUGAAGGUGGUGGAAAUAGUGCUGGAGAAGAGCGCAUGA